AAGCCACUAUGUUGAUUUUCUCAUGGCACGGCUCAUUUUAUUUCUCUUGCACUUUGAGAACAUUUUACUUUGCUUACGAACUUUCUUGAAGGAAGAUAACGAUCUUCAGUUUGUACACGCCCGUAAAAAAGGACGUAUUAUUUGAUCCCAUCAAGUUAUCUGCUGUCUAACUUGAGCUUUCUAAUAUGAAUAGUAUGUAGUGGGGGAGACAUAUUGAUUUAGUGUUGUCCAAUUGUCUGUCUGUCUGUCUGUCUGUCUGUCUAUCUUUUCAUCCGUCUGUUUGUCACACAGAACUUCACAAAGGUUAUCAUUGCAAAGCCUAGUUGGCAUAUUAUUGGCAUGUUCCGGUUAGAUGAUUUUCAGCAUGAGGUUUGGCCCUCAGUUCAUCAAGUGUUAUGAUUUUUUGGCCACUUCCCUUAUAUUAUUUGGCGGAUUUCCACAGCCUCAGCCUUACUGUGCAUAUUGUCGAUUCCGAUUCAGUGAUUUUCAUUUUGAGUUAUGGCCCUUGUAUUUCAUCUUGUCCGGGCAACAACUUCGAUGCUACCAAACGCCACAGAAGUGAUCAUUGUCUAGCCCAGUUGUGCAUAUCAUGGGUAUGCUCUGGUUUGGAGUAUUUAAGCGGAUUAAUGGCUCUUGAUUCGUCAUUUUUUGUUGUUUUAGCCACUUCCCUUAUAUAAUACCGCGUUUUCCACCAAACCUUGCAGGAGUGAUCAGUGCCAAGUCAUUGUAUGCAUACUAUUAGCAUAUUCCGAUUCAGUGAUUUUUCAACAGGUUUAUGGCCUUUGAUUGCUAUAUCAAACCUCACGAAUGAUUUGUGUGAAGCAUCGUCAUGUUCUGCUUAAAUCAUUUUCAGCGGGGUCAUGACCCUUGAUUUGUCAACAACUUUGGUCUGUGCUACUUUUCCAAUACAAUUAAUUGGAAUUCCACAAUACUUAACAGGAGUUACAACUGCUAAGCCUAGUUUUUUAUAAAAAUUAAAUUAGAAUGUUAGCAAACAGAGAUUUUCCUUUAGUAUUGGUCCUUAUUUUGUAGCAUUUUACCAUUUCUGCAUGAUAAGUAGUCGAAGACUACUUUUUCCACGAAAUAUAAUCUCUAGAUCUUUUUAAAUGAUCAACAAGCCGGGUCACAAAGUUUUGAAGCAUAAUAUCGCUGCCAAGCUUGAUAACCAGCGAGGUUGUCUCAGAGGUCCAUGAAGUACUGAAAACUGCAAAAACUGAGUGUUCGUUCUCUACGUUAAGCAGCCAUUAUUAAAUGUCACAAAACUAUAAUUAUAUAUCGGCCAAGUUUUUGUGUGUCCAAAUUAAGUACAACAUUUGCCGCCCUAGUAUGAUGAGGAUUGUAUGUCUAUGAAAAUAAGUCAUUCAUCAUAUUAUCAGAAAUGAAGUCAGCUUUGGUGUUCAUAGCUUUUCUCAUUGAUCUUAUAAAGACCACGUCUGGCGUCUUGUCAGUACUCAGAGAGGAAACACCGUAUGACUGAGAGACAACGUUUAAAUGUAAUAGAAAAUGGAAGAACAACUUCAAACUGUUAUUAGAUUUAUUCCCAACUAGUUUCGGCUUUCAAUGUCUUCAUCAGGGGUAUAAUGUUUACAAUGAAUAACGCUGAUGACGUCAUGCAAAGCACGACGUCAUGACAACGGCGUGAAAACGUAUGCAACAGCAUGGCUUAAUUUAAUAUUUAAAAACAUUAUACAGAAAAUACACAAUGUAAAGGUUCAAUGAAGAUACAUUAUAUCCAGAGAAAAUGCAGACAGCAAACAGGAUAUUAAAAGGAUUUUUUAUCUUUUUAUUUCACUGCCUCCUAAAUCCUCAGGUCAAGAAAGCUUUGAUGCUUCGUCAAAGAAGACGAUCGUCCGCAAAAGAAACAUUAAAAUCCACAGAUAGAAGUACAUCUAGAGAAGAGAGAAAGUCAAAGGACCUUAGAGAUACUAAUAAAACGUUAGUUGAUAGCGGAGAGUUUGCACAAGAGACGAGCAAUGACUGGAAAGAUAAGAUUUUACAACCACAAUUCUCGCAACAAGAGGUGAAGUUUUCCACACCGCUAGGUCUCUAUGGAAACGGGAGACGUGCAGCUACAUUUAAUGCCGAAUCACAUGAGUCCUAUUCAGUACGUUCACAAAACCUAUCUGAUCAAUUACAAAGAAAUAUAUUAUCUGCAAGACUCUGAUAGUGUAAGAGUAUAUUUGAGUGCAAAGUAAAUUUAUCGUUCAAUAGUGAGAAAAGAAUUACUUAGUUACUUAGCCUUUUAUGUUGCAUUUUGAAUAUGACAUUAUCUUUCUGCUUGAAAUAAACACGAAUACAUGGUUGUCAAAAACACUAAUAAAUGCUGGUCAUUAUAGUCAAUCCAUAUUUUCAAUGUACCGCGGGGCUAGACGAGCCCAAAUAAGGAAUCAAAGUCGUGUAGUUUAUAUGCUCAAUACGAUUUUAUAUCGAUUGUGGAAUGUGUGAAAUCUUUAAGUUGUGUUUUUGGUGGUUUUUGUAUUAUUUUGAUAUGCUGACGUGCCAAUAUUUUUCUCGUAUGCAUUUUAUGACUUGUUAUCAUAUUAAAUAACUAAAAGCUGA